AUGGCGGCAGUAAAUACCAAAGAAGUUAUGAUAAACUGAGGCUGUGUUGUUUUGUGUAGCCAGCGAAAGUGACUAAGUGAGAGGCCUUGAUAAGUAUGUGACGGGUGUAAUUGUGCAAAUCUCGCUGUCGAGCCGGCGUGGACGCCCGUGUGAGCGAUGAUGCGUUGGCACGUCAAGGAGGUUUACUGUUACCGUGUUAUGCCGACGUGUUGCGCUGAACGGAUAGAAUUAUUGUGACAAUGAAGAUUCAGGCCUGUCAUCAAAUCUUCUCGGACUCUGGAAUCAGUAAUCUUCAUCCUUUCUGACAUGGCAGCGUUCGUACAUCAGUUUAGAGACUCUUUAAAAUUGUGUGCAGUGUAAUGGUGUUGCGAAAAUAACUUAGGUUACAUUGCUGUAUGUUGAGUUACACGACAUAGCCGUCUACAUAUGUGAUUCUGAUACAGUUCAUGGUAAUAGUCUGUAUAAGGGUUGCUCAAAUUAGAAGUCUUAUCUCUCUGAUGCUGUUCUCUUUACUUGCUGAAAUAACGUUAUAAACUGAACUUCUUUUUAAUUUAAAUUGACAUAAGUUCCUCAGUUGAUGUCAUGAAAUCUAUCAACAGUAUUUUUCUUUGACAGACAGUAACAUACAGUAUCCAUUCCUUAUCAUUUAAGAUAUGAAGAGAAAAUUUGAGAAUAGGUGCUGAUAGUUUACUAGUCAUACAGUGUUUAAAGAUAAUUUAUUGCAAUAUCUUCACAUUCACUUAUAGAUGUGUGUAUUUAAUAGUUUUCUGCAGAACAUAUAAAAAAUGGACAGGAAGAAUACUAUGAUACAUUCCAUUAUCAUAAUUGACAGAGUGGAGGAUUCGAACUGAAGUUGUUAACCUCUGUUCGAAGAAUACACACACAUACAAUUUAACAUCAAAUUCUUUGAAUGUCUGCUGUUGUACUUUAAUGAUUUCACGAAAUAGGAUGAAAACUGCUCCCCAUUUAGAGAUAAUUUCUCGUGUACAUUUUGUGUUUAUUCUUUUUAGUCAGCAUCUGUCCCAAGGGUAAGAUUGUAUAGUUCCCCUAAACAAGGCUGUUAUCUAAUUCACCUGCUGGUGUAAGGCAUGAAACCUAUUAGGGAGACAUUUGACUGUUCAUUAAAUUGGGAGUUGCAACACUUGUACAGAGAGUCACUUAUUUCAUUUUUAAUCGGUUUUUGAGUGAAGAAUAUUAAGUAUGUGAGUUGUACAGUGCGGAAACUUGUGUUAUGAGAGAAACGUUUGUGAACAUUGCCACGUAGAUGACUUGACCGAGAAUACUAGUGUAUUUUGUGUUAGAAAAUAAACUAUUACAAAUGGUGCUGUGAUAUUUCAGUGGCUGAAGAGUUUCGAGUAACUCUGGCAGAGUGACGCUGUUAUAUUUUUUUGUGCCUAGCAGUUUUGUGGAAGACAGUGGUGUGAAAAACACAGUGCUCAGUGUUUGUUUGUUUCUGGCAUUGGUAUUGUGCCGAUUGAGACUGACAAAUCACCAGUUUCUUUUAAGCGCAGUGUGUCGGAGCAAAACGUGGAAGAUUUUCUCAGUGUUGGUGUUGUCUUGCUAAGUGUGAACUGACCUGUGAGUUCUCAGGGCUUCAAAAUGAAGAACCACCACCACCACCACCAUCACCACGGCUACCACGGCAGUGAAGAUGAUGAAAGUGGCAGUGAUUCGCCUGCCCUCCUCCCACACGCUUCACCCACAGCGAGUCUCCUGCCCGAGGACACUCCGCCCCCACACGGCCUUCGUGAUCCCCCGGGCCUCUUGAAUGCCCGGGCCAUGUUCUUCCUUGUCCUGUGGUAUUUCUUCAGUGGUUGCACACUCUUCCUCAACAAGUACAUCUUGUCGUACUUGCAGGGCGACCCCACAGUUUUAGGCACAUUCCAGAUGCUGAUGACGGCAACGUGCGGCUUCGUCCAGAUGUACUUCCCCUGCGGCAUGUACAAGCCCGCGCCACGAAUGGCGAGGCCGCCCGGCUUCUACUGUCACAUGCUGCUCGUCGGUUGCACCAGGUUCACAACAGUGAUCUUAGGCCUGGUGGCUCUGAACUACGUUGCGGUGAGCUUCACGGAGACCAUCAAGAGCUCUGCACCGCUCUUCACCGUCCUCAUCUCCAGGUACCUGCUCGGUGAGACGACGGGCCUGUACGUGGGCCUGUCCCUCAUCCCCGUGAUGGGCGGCCUCGCGCUCUGCUCCGCCAACGAGCUGAGCUUCGACACGCGGGGCUUUAUCGCCGCCAUGGCCACCAACCUCACCGAGUGCCUGCAGAAUGUAUAUUCUAAGAUGCUCAUAAGUGGAGAGAAAUUCAAAUACACGCCGGCCGAGCUGCAGUUCUACACGAGUGUGGCGUCUGUCGCCGUGCAGGUUCCCGCCUCGCUGUUCCUCGUGGACUUCUCGGGAGUGCGCAGGUCGACAGACCUGGGGCUCUUCGUCUCCUUCGUCCUGAACGGCGUUUUCUUCCACUUCCAGAGCAUCACCGCGUACGUGCUGAUGGACUACAUCAGCCCUGUAACACACAGUGUGGCCAACACGGUGAAGCGUGCGUUCCUCAUCUGGCUGUCGGUGCUGCUGUUCGGCAACGCGGUGACGAUGCUGUCGGGCCUGGGCACGGCGACAGUGAUCGCGGGCGUGCUGCUGUACAACAAGGCGCAGGACAUCGACCGGCGGAGGCGGCUGCGCCACGGGCCCGGCGAGAUUGCCGGAGACGGCAUGUUGUCGCAGCUGGUGUGGAAGGUGCGGACGGUAUGACAGCCGUCAGCGGGGCUCGUCCUUUCGCGCCAUCGCGACUGUCGACGCCUGUGACCGGCUCCCGAGCAGUGAGCGUCGCCGGCUUAUCGACACCCUCUGCCGUAGCUCGCGCUGUCAGUCGUGUUCGCCUGCCGAGGCACUGCUCGACACCGGAGCACAAUUCCUCGUUCUUGCUCAGGGGCCACUGUUGCCACGAUAUAGCACGAUGCACCGACUGCAAGAUGUAACAUUCCUUGUAAUAUAUGGCUCUCGAAGCAACGUAUAGGUUGUCAGACGUCUCUCUCUGGAGGAAACAGUUGAAACAUCUUCAGUAAUUCUGCAGUCUGGGUUACGGGUUAGGCAGUCAUCUAUUUGCGACCAGAGAGUGUACGUCUUGUACAGAUUCAGAAAGAACCUAAAACCGUAAACGGUGCACAGAAUGUGUACAGAUUGCACAUUCUUCAGGCUUGGAAGUACAAAAGAGAGAGUAAAGGGUAACAGUAUUUGUUUGAACCAACAAUUGCACAAGUCUUCAUGUUUUCCUGGUAUAACACUAAAUCGUGAAGUUUUGGUAUUGCUGCUGUCACCAGUACCUCCCUUUUUCUAAAGUAUUUCAUCUGCAGAACAUCCAGCCAUCUUCCAAGUGAACUCUAGGACAGCUUUUUGACUCACUCUGAAAUGGUUGGAUGUCUUCAGCUGGAAUACCAGGAGGAGAGAAGUAUUGAUGACAGCAGCCUGUAGUAGGGAAAUUAACAACUUAUCGAUGAUAAUAACCACCUUGAGCUUCAUG